GUCCCUCGGACACAGCGGAUCACCGAUCAAUGAAAAGAGCCGAAGAUGUCAGCUCGGUCAUAUGAUCAGCUGUGUCCAAUCACAGCUGAUCGCAUGUAAAUGCCGGAGAGGAGAGCCGGUAAUCGGCAUUCCUCAGAGGGGACAUGUACACUGAUCAUCAGGGCACUGAUGAUCAGUGUGCCGUGAUGAUUAGUGUAGCCCCAGCAGUGCCACCUGUCAGUGUCCAUCAAUAGCACCUGUCAGUGCUCAUCAAUGCCACCUGCCAGUGCCCAUCAGUGCCUCAUCAAUGCCACAUAUCAGUGCCUACCAGUGCAUAUCAAUGUAAUAUAUCAGUGCCCAACUGAGCUGCCUUUCAGUGUUACCUAUCAGUGCCAGUUAGUGCCACCUAUCAAUGCUAGCCAGUACCACCUAUCAGUGCUGCCAGUCAGGACCACCUAUCAGUGCCAGUCAGUGCCACCUAUCAGUGUGCAUCAGUGCCGCAUAUCAGUGCCCAUCAGUGCUGCCUAACAGUGCCAGUCAGUGCCACCUAACAGUGCUGCCUAUCAGUGCCACCUAUCAGUGCCAUAUAUGAGUGCUGCCUUUCAGUGCCCAUCAGUGAUGCCUGUCAAUGCCCAUCAGUG